GUCGUUAUCAAUUGAUUAGGAGGAGAUGAAAGGAAUUUUAAUUGAUAUAAGUGGUACACUAGUUACAUCUAAUGGUGUAGCUAGAUCUACUAUAAACGCUAUCAACAAACUGAAACUAAAAGGCAUUCCAUUUCGUAUAUGCUCAAACGCUUCAAAGGAAUCUCAUAAUAAAGUAAUAAGUGAUUUAUCUACUAAAUUAGAUGGAAUUGAUUUGAAUCCAAAUCACGUCAUAACAGCAAUUUCUUCAUCUAAGAGCUACGUUACACAUUCAAAUUUAAACCCUUUACUUUUAUUAUCAAACUCUGCAAAAGAUGAUUUUAAGGAUUACUCAAGUGACAAAACUGAUUAUGAUUCAGUUUUGAUUGGUUUAUCAGCUGAAUCGUUGAAUUAUCCCAAUCUUAAUAAUGCAUUCAGAAUACUAAAUCAGCCAGGCUCACAAUUAAUAGCAACUCAUGCUAGCAAAUACUUCGCAGACAAAGACAAUCAACUUAGUCUCGGUCCCGGUGGUUUUGUCAAGGCUUUAGAAUACGUUACAGAUAAGAAAGCCAUCAUUUGCGGUAAACCAUCAGAUGAAUUCUUUAUAAGUUGUCUUAAAAGUUUAAAUUUACGUGAAUCUGAUUGGAAAGAUGUUGCUAUCAUUGGUGAUGACGCACUAUCAGACCUUGGUACUUCUUUGCCAUUGAGGAAAGUUUUAGUACGUACUGGAAAAUAUCGCCGAGGUGACGAAGACAAGGUUAAGGAUCUAUAUGGAAUUUAUGACACAUUCGCUGACUUCGUUGAUUCAAUUGACUAAAACGUUUUAUUAAUUUGAUUAUUAAACCUUUCACCCGUACUUUACAUCAUGUUAUCCUUGCC